AGGAAAUAGGGCCGGAUAUUGAACAGCCUAGUUCUCCGUUAUGUUCAUUUUGGAUUCCUUUUCAGGAGUUUUUGUUUGUUUCUCAUAUAUCCCAGGCUGCCCUCAAACUUGCUACGUUGCCGAAAAUUCCUGAUUUUCCUGUCUCCACGUUCCCAAGUGCUGGAGUGACGGGGAAUUCACACCGGGCUUGGUUUUUGAGACAAGGUUUCAAGUAGCUCAGGCUGUUUUCGAACUUAAGAAUUCUCCAAGAAGGAUCUUGAACUGAUCCUUCGGCCUCCAGUUUUCAAGUGCUGGGUUGACAGAUAUACGCUAUAAAUAACGCCUGGCUCAGAGCAGUUGUCUUAAGUCAGUGGCAAACAAAUCUUGUGGCUUUUCUUCUCAUGCUCCUAUCCACAUUACAACAUCUCCGAUCAAAAAGCCACAGUGAGUUCAUUUCCCAAGGAGUCUUUUGACUUCUCCGGCCUCCGUCGUACCUGUGGAGCCCCGCCCAUCCACCGCGGACGUCCGCUGCCAUGGCGACCCUGCUGCUUCGCUCCCUGCGCCUCCACCGCAGUCUCCCUCACCCUACACCGCCAGCUGUAGAUGUGCCUCUCAGGGCCGAGAGUCAUGGCGCCCGCCUGCUGUACCCAGACCACAUCCCCACCACCUCGCUGCAAAAGAUGCUGCUGGCUGUGGGCGCGGCGGGAAUGGCACUCUACAACCCCUAUCGCCACGACAUGGUUGCUGUUCUAGGAGAGACCACAGGAUGCCACACCCUGAAGUUCCUCAGGGACCAGAUGAAGAAGGAUCCAGAGGGUGCCCAGAUUCUACAAGAGCGUCCCCGGAUCUCGCUGUCUACCCUCGACCUAAGCCAGCUUCAGAGCCUGCCUGAAGGCUCCCUGGGCCGUGAGUAUCUCCGCUUCCUGGAAGUUAAUAAAGUCUCUCCAGAUACACGAGCACCUACACGUUUCGUGGAUGAUGAAGAGCUAGCCUAUGUGAUCCAGAGGUACCGUGAGGUACAUGACAUGCUCCACACCCUGCUUGGGAUGCCCACCAAUAUGCUUGGAGAGGUUGUGGUAAAGUGGUUUGAAGCUGUGCAGACCGGCCUACCCAUGUGCAUCCUGGGAGCACUCUUCGGACCCAUCCGCCUCCGUGCUCAGAGCCUCCAAGUGCUGUUCUCGGAGCUGAUCCCUUGGGCGAUUGAGAACGGGCGCAGGGCCCCGUGUGUCCUCAGCAUCUACUAUGAACGUCGUUGGGAGCAGUCCCUGACAGCCCUGCGGGAGGAGCUGGGCAUCAGCCCUCCCCCAAAACAUUUCCAGGGGCCGGCCUAGCCUGAGCCUGAGCCCGGAGGAUGGGGCCUUCCUCUCCUUACAAUGCCUUCCUUUCUGCUCUUUGAACCUUGAACUCAGAGUGUCACUUAUCAUAAUUUUUAUAGUCAUUGCUGCCAUGUGCCUUGAGGGCCAGCACAGGAGAGAGAGGUGGGGCACCAGGCUGCUACGAGCCAUCGGGAGAGAGCAGUAUCUGUGCCUGGAACAGCCAGCUUGGAUCAUACUGAUUGUUCAGGUCUGAGACCCCUCUUCUGAACAGUGACUCUGACAGCGCAUCCUGUCAAGCUCUGUCUUUGAAAGCUUGACUACUACAUCAUGUUGCCAAGCCCUGAGCAGAGUCAUGGGGAAGAGGAGGUGUCUUUGGUGUCUGAAUAAAGCUCCAUCAGGCCUAGA